AACACGAAAAUAUAAAUUUUAAACAAAAGUAAUAUAACCGGCUCAGAACUCUAGCCAGACUGCCAGAGGUGAAGGCCGACAUCUUGGAACGCAAAAAUCGAACGCUUGUUUGUGUUUGGAGGAGGGUUCGGAGCGUUGUCAGGUUAUGUUUCUUUCUAAUUUUGUUUUUAUUUACCCGAAUUUCGGAAAUUAAAGCAAAUUUAAACGAUAAUAAGUCGAUCCUAGUAAAAAUGGUGAAUUGUGUGGUUCCUGUUUGCAAAGAAUAUACCGGAAAGAGGAAUAAUAAGGAGAAAUGUGUGAAAGUUACGUUUCACAAGUUUCCGCUUGAUCCAGUUCGAAGGCAGGAAUGGGCGGACAAAAUCGGGGUAAAUGUAGGAGCUUUGAAAGUAUACUCUAGGAUUUGUUCAUCCCAUUUUCCAGAAGAAAUGAUUGAUAGAACAUCGCUCAGUUGUGUGAGACUUCGAGAUAAUGCUCUUCCUUGUAUAAAUACGAGCCGGGAUGAAAAAUAUGCAAUAAAUCGAUGCACUCUUGAGAGAAUGGACCAAAGAGAGGAAAUUAAUUCACCAGAAUGUGCGAUAAAAUUAGAAAUUGAAGAGAAUACUGAUCCUUAUUUUAGCCCGAGUUCGGAUCGAACGUCUACAUCGAAUCUUCACGUUGGUGAUGAUAUGGAAACUGAAAAAGGGUCGAAUCCAUCAGUAUCUUCGAUAAAAUUAGAAAAAGAUACAAAUUCUGUUGAUCCUUCAAGUGGAUCGGGGAAUGUACUGAAGGAAGAAAUUGUACUCGAAACAGUUUGGAUGGAUGACUGGGGACCACAUACUGAAAUACCCGAGCAAGCGGGUAAUAAUCCUACGGUUACGAGCGAAAUGUCUACACAAACGGAUGAUUUCUGCUUAACGGAAUUAUACUCAACUAGAAGGAGACCUCAAAGAGAUUUUGGAACAAGAGUCUCACCUGAAAGAAUUUUUAAUUCGCCAGUAAGAACAACAUUGCGGAAGGAAUUGGCCAAUCAGAAAUUGAAAUAUACUCAUCGAAUACAAAUGUUACAACAAAAGCUGAGGCGAAAGGAGAAAAGAAUCGAUUCAUUAACUUCUUUUAUAAAGGGACUACGAGAUAAAAAAGUCCUUGAUGACGAACAAUUUGGAGUCUUCGAAAAUAUAGGUUCGACAACGCCGCUUUUCAAAUUUGGAAUUGAUGGUACGGAGAGGACAAACAAAAUUAUUAGAGGUGCUUCAGUAGUAGAAUUAAUUAACGUGGCCAAUGAAAAGUUUUGUCUUCCUGAAGACAACUAUAAGAUAUGCUUAGAGGAAGAUAAGACUGAGGUGGAUGAUGACGAUGUAUUGUUAGAAUACACACAGCAGUGCGAGCGCCAUGCCAGACCUCCAAUUUCUGUGCUUUUGAAGGCACAAAAUUACCGUGAUGAUCAAGAAAACACAGAAAACGAUCCCGAUAUUUUAAACGAUAAUAUUCAAGAAAAUUUAGAGGAAAUUGAAAUCGCACAGCCCAUAACAAGCGAGACUUCUCUUAACCUUCCUCUGCAUUCCAAAAUCGAUUUGGACUAUGUAUGGAAGAGAGUUCCUGAACGGCUAAUUACUGCUUGCCAAGCGGGCGAAGUUCCAGAUCCGGGUGACAGGCGCACCAUGAUCCAAGUAAUUGUUGAUUACAUGCUUGACGAAUUAAAAGAUUGUACCAGAGGCACAAGCGAAAGAAUUGCUAAAAAGAUUUGCGCCAAAUAUCCCAUAUCUUUUAUGGAUAUUAUUGAAGGCCAAAUAUUUGGUAAAGGCAUGGAGAAUUUGAGAAUGCAGAUUUAUAAUCGUGUAAAUUUUGUAAAGAGCAGCAAGAAACGACGCAAAAUAAGGCCAAUCGAUGACAGUGAUGAUGAAGACGAAACCGAAAACACCGGUUCUACAAACAAAAGAUACCUCCUUGAAAAUGAACACUUGCAAGAAUUAAAAAGACUGGAGCUUCUUGAAUUAUUUAACAGAGUAAAUGGUCACACAGCACCAGCCGUAUCUAAAUUGAUGGAAUUAACGUACCCAGCUCAAAGAAAAUUAAUAACCGAAGAAGACAGAAACUUAGCAACCUUUUUAACUGAUUGGCCAUUUCUAAAAGUUCCACAAUUUUUUAUGGAACAUGCUUCGGUGCUGUUGGGAAAAAAUGUUCAGAAAUCUUGGGACGAAUCCUUGGAAAACAAAGCAAAAGCAAUUAGAAAAUUUUUACAAAUAAAGCAACACGCAGGAGUAAAUCAUGAAGAAAUUUUACAGCUUUUAAAGACAGCCAAAGAAGCAGCUUUAGUUACAAAAAAUAAUAUCCCAAAAAGUAUUGUUGUCUUUCCGAUGAUUAUUAAGCACUUCGGAGAAAACGCAGAUUAUUUAUAUAAAGUAAUCAAGGAUGACAUUGCAGAUGAGGACACUGCAAAACACGCUGUGUCCUUCUACCCAUCUCUAAUAAUACGAGGUAAAUCAUUGUAUGAUGAGGACGCUACAUGCACAGUUGUGCUAGAAAAUAAUACUUUGAUGUUCUGUACAUCUGUAUUAGAAGGAUUCUUGAUCACGUUCAUUUCUUAUUAUGUGUAUGGAUACAAGUAUCCUAAGGAAAUAGAAUGUACUUUGGAAUUUAUACAGAGAAUAAUAAUGAAGAUCAGUCCACAAACGGGUGGAAAAAGAGGAGGGGCAAAAAGAAAAGCGAAAAGCUUUAAUUCUACGGUCUUCAAAUUCGCGGAGCAGCUAAACAAAUUCACAAACUUGUUUUCAUUAUAGUUCCUAGAUACACAUAUAUAAUUAUUUGAAGCAAAUAAAUUAGGUGAAAAA